AUGAUAACUAUUUUUAUAAUAUUUAUUUUUUUAGGGUUCCAGGUUAAAAUCGUAUUUGGCAUCAUUUAAAGAUUAAAAAUUUAAACCUUUUUUAAUCUGCUACACAUAUUUUUCAAAUUGUUAUAUUUUUAGAAGGAAAUGAAGAAGAUUAAACUAAGUUCAAGCACAUUAAUACUUAAAUUAUAAAACCUUUUUUCUAAAACCCUUAGUAAGAAGAACCAUUAUAAUAAGAAUUUUAGAUUCCUUGGAAGAAAAGAAAAAAUACAAGAAAAGCUAAUGUGCUUAUUAUUUCGUUAAUUUUAUUAUUCUAUCAUCAAAAAAAUUAUUCAUUCUAUGAAAAAUAUGCAAAAAAUGAAUUACUAAUAUCAUUUUUAUGGUAUAUAUGGUUAUGAAAUUACUAUAAACGUGUUGACUUAGUUUAUUAGGAUGAAUAAAUUACUUUUAUUAAGAGGCUUAGAUUUGAUACAAAAAUUGAAGUCACUGAAUUAUGUGAGGAAAUGGAUUUCAAUGAAGAGAUGGAUGUUUAAAUUUAUUUUGUUUAAGUUAAUUAAAUUUAAAAUAAUAUACCUUAAAUCUAUUAAGAAAGAAUAUCACUUUCAAUUAGAGUAUGAUAUUACAAAUCAAAUAUAAAAUAAUUUGAAAAUAAAACAGAUGAAAUGGAAACAAAAUUUAAAUGUAAUUGAAUGUCUUCAGUUCUAGUUGGAUAUUAUAAUAUAUUAAAUAAUGAAGUAAACACACUAUUAGAAUCUUAAAUGAAGGACUAAGAUACUUUAUUAAGAUGGUUCUCCUAUAUAAUGGUUGUACCAUUUUUUGUACUUAAUAGAAAAUGAUUCUAAUUGUAAAAUUCCUUAAAUAUAUACUAUCUUUACAUUUAAGUGAAUUCUAAAUAAUAACUAAUUUUUAAUAAUAAAUUAUUUCAACACACAAUACUUAUAAAAAAAUUAUCAUAGAUGAUUAAAUGUAUUAAUACUAUCGUAUAAAUAAAAUGCUAAAUCAUCAUUGUGAUUAAUCAUCAGAAAUAGUAAUUCCAAAGUAAAUAAUUCUUCAAUAAUUAAUGAGAUCAAUCUAAAUUAAAAAAAGGCAAAUAAUAAUUUCCACUUUCACUUAGAUAUUCUUUUCCUAAAAACUCAUUCAAAUUAAAGGUUUUUUUGAAUCCUUAUCUAGUAAUACUCUAUAAUUUUUUUUGAAUUUGAUAUAGUAAUUGAUGAUCAUGGAAUCACUUAAAUUUUUAAAUGUAAAUUAUUCUGUUAAUAUGAUCAAUCCAAAAAUGCUAUAUUAUUUUAUAGAUAUUAUCAAUGAAGUAGUUUUAUAAAGCGUAAACAGAAGUAUCUCUUUAAUUCGUAGCAAAAUUUUGUUUAAAAGUGAUACUUUAUUUAUGUGUUUAAGAGUAGUUCAUGUAAAUAACACAUCAGAAGAAAAAUAACAAUUAGUUUUGGUAUAUAAAAGUCUAAUAUAAUUGUUAAAGUAAAUUCUAAUAAAAAUCUGGAAGCCAGAAGCUUUAACUUUAUUCCAAAAUAAUUCAUUCGAUUUAUAUAAUAGCUAGGGUGGCAUAAGUUUACGGCUAUUGACCAUCAAUAACUUUGGAUUGUAUAAAAGAUAAUGA